AUGGGAGAGUUGCUAUUUAAGCCCCACUUUUGGGGGAGCUUUGUUGAGUCUGCAGAUGCAUUCCAGACAGUGCUAAUCUUUCUUUUGAUUUCAUGUUCCUUGACUGUGGAUUACAGGGCAGCACCAGUUAUAGCAAAUACAACUUUCCUUUGGGUCUGGAAUGUCCCAACUGAACGUUGUAUAGGAAACGUUAGUGCUCCAAUAGAUCUGAGCUUCUUUUCUUUAAUUGGAAGCCCCCGGAAAACUGCCACAGGGCAGCCUGUCACACUAUUUUAUGUUGAUCGACUUGGUUUGUAUCCUCACAUAGAUGCAAACCAAGUAGAACAUCAUGGAGGAAUACCUCAGAAAGGGAAUUGGCAAGAUCAUUUGAUCAGAGCUAAGACUGACAUAGAUAAUUACAUUCCAGAAGACAAAUUUGGCUUAGCUAUCAUUGACUGGGAAGAAUGGAGGCCCACCUGGAUGAGAAACUGGAGACCUAAGGACAACUACAGAAAUAAAUCUAUUGAAUUGGUCCAGGCAACUAAUCCAGGAAUUAGUAUCACAGAAGCCACCGAGAAAGCCAAAAAACAAUUUGAGGAGGCAGGAAGGAAGUUUAUGGAAGGGACUUUAAGACUGGGGAAAUUCCUUCGACCAAAACAACUGUGGGGUUUUUAUCUAUUUCCUGAUUGUUAUAACAAUAAAUUUCAAGACCCUAAAUAUGAUGGGCAAUGCCCUAAGGUGGAAAAGAAAAGAAACGAUGAUCUUUACUGGCUAUGGCAAGAAAGCACUGGCCUUUACCCAUCUGUCUAUUUGAAGAAAGACCUGAAGUCAAAUCGACAAGCUACCCUCUAUGUCCGCUACCGAGUUGUGGAAUCUAUCAGAGUAUCCAAGGUUCGGAGUGAAUCAGAUCCAAUCCCGAUUUUUGUCUAUAUACGUCUUGUUUUCACUGAUCGUGUCUCUGAAUACCUUCUAGAGGAUGAUCUUGUGAAUACAAUUGGUGAAAUUGUUGCUCUGGGUCCCUCUGGAAUCAUAAUAUGGGAUGCCAUGUCUUUAGCACAACGUGCGGCAGGUUGCCCAAUCCUACAUAAAUACAUGAGGACGACCCUGAAUCCAUACAUAGUCAAUGUCACUCUAGCAGCCAAAAUGUGCAGCCAAACACUUUGUAAAGAGAAAGGCGUAUGUUCAAGGAAAAACGAAAGUGCAGAUGUAUAUCUUCACUUGAACCCAAGUCAUUUUAAUAUUAAAUUAACAGAAACCGGAAAGUUCGAAGUUCUUGGCAAACCCAAGGUUGGAGACUUGGAAUACUUUUCUGAACAUUUUAAAUGCAGUUGUUUUAGCAAAAUGACAUGUGAGGAGACAUCUAAUAUAAAAAAAGUACGAAAUGUGAAUGUGUGCAUCGGUGACAAUGUUUGUAUAAAAGCCAAGGUAGAACCUAACCCAGCCAUCUACCUCGUACCUGGCAAAAGCCUUCUCUUUAUGACAUCACUUGCUCACAUGCUACGCUAUCUGCCACAAGAUAUUUUUGUUUUUCCACAGAAGAUGCUAUACAGGUCUGAAGGAGAGAUUGGCAAUUUUCUGCCCAGUGAUGACCUAGCCACAAUGUACAGCCACACCUGGAGUACCUCAUUGGAUAUGAGUUUCUUAACUCUAACUGGAAGCCCCUGGACAACUGCCAUACGGCAGUCUGACACAAUAUUUUAUACUGAGCAACUUGCAAAAUAUUCUUACAUAAAUGAAAAACAAGAUGAGGUGUUUGGAGGGAUACUUCAGGUGCGGAAUUUUCAAGAUCAUCUGACCAAAGCUAAGAUUAACAUAAAGUGCUACAUUCUAGUAGACCAGUUAGGGUUAACUAUCUUUGACUAUGAAGAAUGGAAUCCUACUUGGGGAUGA